AUGCCUGGUGUGGAAUACAAGGCUGCGAUCCAAGCGAUGCCUCCCAGUGUCUCUGUACAACCGUUCAGUGACAGACAAAUGGACGGGAACUCCUUUAGCGCGAAUCCGUACUUACUGUGGAAUUCACUUUUACAAGUGAUGGACGAGACCGAUACAAAGAGGAGAGUACAGCGAUAUCGAAAUAUAGAGCAAAUAUUAAAUUCUGAACAG